AUUUUUUCUCUUUUGGAUGUAAGACGUGUGGACUUCUUAUCGCGGGAGCUUGUGCAAAUGUUAUACGUAAAUAUAUAUAGUACUGAGAAGAAAACUAUACAAAAUAAUUACUUUUACAUACGAUUAAUUAAUUAAAAUGUAUUUAAUGUUAAACUUAGGAUGGCUUAAACGUUUAUUUUUCAAUACGGCUUACUAACGGUUUUAUCUAGACGUCUUGCUUGUUGCUUACAAAUUUUUGAAUUUAUUUCUACGCUGUUUGCGUUGAAUAAAUGAAAUGAAUAUAAGUGAGAAACACAGACGAUAGAGUUAAAUAAGAAUUAUAUGCAAAUUCCUUUUACUGCAUCAAGAAGAAAAGAAAUACUAAGAAAAAAAGAAGUAGCUAAUAUGAAAAUGAAGUAAAAAAAGUUAAAAAUAUAGCGAAGUUUUGUGAGCGCGUGUGGUUAAAUGAACAACGAUACCAUUUUCUGUGAGUUGAGUUGUUUUCUUCUCAACUGCCUCCUUUUGAAUCCAGUAAGAGCGUUUGAGUGUUAUAUUUAUGGCAUGUUUUUUUAUUGUACACCAAAUUAAAGUAAAUUAGCUGGAAGGAAGCGUUAAAUUUUAAUUUUCAAAAAUAAAAAGUGUAAUUUUACGAAUAACUGUCGUUAUACAUUUACAACGUUCACCUUUCUAAUUUAAAUAAGAAAAGAAUAAAGAAAGAAAAUUUUGUUAAGAGUAGAGCACACACGCGCACAUACGAUUUAAAACGUACUUAGCAAAAGAAAAAGCAAAAAAGAAAAAAAAAAAAAACGAAUCAUCCAACACUCGAAAUAUAGAGAGUAGAGUAGAGAAGAUGGAAAAUGUAGAAGAAACGAGAGAAAACUCUGGUUCAGAAAAUAUAUGAACUUAUUUUAUAUAAAACGCAAAGGAAAAUUGAUAAAAACCAGUUACAAAUUAAAGCUGAAAGUGAAAAUCGUUUUGGUUCGUGUUGGACAAAAAAAAAGAAAAAGAAAGAAAACAUAAAUUUUGCAGAAAUUCGUGAAAAAAAAAUUCUUAUUGUAAAUUGUACUAUAACUCCGAGUGUGUUUAGGCUAAAGAAAACCAUUUGCGGCGUUUGUUUUGCUGGCGUGUUGAAUGUAACGAAACGUAACGACAAACUUGGCGCAUUCCCUAUUCUCUGUAUAUUUCCCUUAUUUAACGACCUUAACGAGUUUUGUAUUAGAGUUUAUUUUGAUAAUAUAUGUAUACAUGUGUGCAUAUGUAUGGGCAAAUACAUGAGAUUGUGUAUGCUGAUGAUUAACUCUCUGUUGCCAUUUCAUUUGCUCUUUGUGCCUAAUCAGAAAACUUAAACACGCACACACAUAGAUAUCGCAAAAUAACUCCAUUCUCUACUUUAUUUGUACAAUCAACAAGAAACAGAACAAGCAAGCAAAUGAAAUGGCAAACGAAAAAAAUCAUUUCCUCUCCAUAUAAUUGCUGUUGUUGUUAUUGCCGUGACUAUCAAAACAUCAGUCGCAUUUGUGCGAGCGAGCUAUUGGCGAAUGAACAAAGAACAAGAAAUUUUGUGAAACUCUCUGCUUAAACUGUUAAAUUGUUCAAAAUUUAAAAUUUAAUAAAGUAAAAAAAAAAAAAAAAAAAAUUUGCUUGUUAGGUCUUUUUAUGGAAAUUUUUUAUUUAUACUAAAAAAAUUGAAAUAUUUUCUCUGCUAUAAAUUAUUCAUUGUUCAGAGGUGCGCGUGUGUGUUUGUGUUAAGUCUGAAAGGAAUUCUUCGAUAAGCAAGUAAAGAAAACUUAUAAAUUCAAUAUGUUCGCGGACGGUAUCUUUCCGAUUGGAGAUGGUAUGCUGGACAUAGAGGAGGAAAAUUUAAAAGGACUUUUGGUACUUCAUGAUAUCAAUGAAAUUUAUGAUGUGGAGCAAACUCCAUUUGCCAGGGGCAAAUUCGCAGCUGUUCGUCGUGCUGUACACAAGCAUUCGGGAGUGCAUUUUGCCGCGAAAUUCUUGAAGCGACGACGACGUGCUCAGUCAUCUGAUAAGGAGAUCAAACAUGAAAUCGCAGUUUUAAUGCUUUGCAACGAAGCCGAUAACAUUGUGAAAUUGAAUGCUGUACACGAAUCACGUUCGGAUACUGCGCUAUUAUUAGAACUAGCGACUGGCGGUGAAUUGCAAACUCUGUUAGAUAAUGAAGAAUGUCUCAGUGAAGCUCAGGCACGCAUAUGUAUGCGUGAGGUACUUAAGGCACUACAAUUUUUGCACAAACGCUCUAUAGCUCACUUAGAUUUAAAACCACAAAAUAUAUUGCUAACGGGUGAACGCAUCGAAGACGGCCUUAAAUUAUGCGAUUUUGGUAUUUCACGUGUAAUUGCCGAAGGCACCAAUGUGCGUGAAAUUGUCGGUACUCCCGAUUAUGUGGCACCCGAAGUGUUACAAUAUGAGCCGCUGUCGCUGUUAACAGACAUCUGGUCAGUGGGCGUAUUGGCCUAUGUAUUGCUGUCGGGUUUUUCACCUUUCGGUGGUGAAACCAAACAGGAAACCUUCCUUAACAUUUCCCAAUGUGCUUUAACAUUUCCGGAUAAAUUGUUUGGAGGCGUCUCAUCGGCAGCAAUUGAUUUCAUACGUAAAGCAUUGCGAAUAAAGCCAAAUGAUCGCAUGACCGCUGCAGGAUGUCUCGAACACAUUUGGCUUAAAGACGAAUGUUCCAUCGAUAGACACAUUUUCAAUAACAUGGCCAAGCAGUUGAAAGCCGAAACCGAUGAACAAACUGAAGAUGAAGAGGAUGAAGAUCGUGAUGACGAAGUGACUGAAGAUGUUGUGGAGAAUGGUACGCAACGACUUCAAGCUAUUAGCGUUGACAAUUCGGAAGAGGAUGAUGACAUUUCCUCCUCAGACAAUAAUAAUGCAAGUCGUCAAAAUGUUCAUCACAUCAAUGGUUAUUCACAUACAAAACCAAUGGUAGAAAAUUUGGACAAACCUGCCAUGCUAACAACAAAUGUCACUAAUACAAGGUCAAUUAACACAACUGCACAUAAUGUACCGGCUUCGCGGGCAACUACCAUACCUUUAUACAGCGUGCAACCAGAAAAUCAACAAAAUACGGCGACUCGCUUGCAACAGCAGAUUCUGCAUAUACCAGCCAGACGUCAUUCGUCGGAUUCGAAUAAGGAAAACACAUAUUUAGCAACAAAGAAAAUCGGUACUGUUUCGACUCAAACAAAAAAACCUUCCCCAGUGGCUGCCACAAUUGUGAUAGCUGGUCCAUCUACAGCCAAUAACACUGUCGCCAGUUCAAACAUUGUACUUUCGAGCACUAGUGAUAGUGAUGAGACCAGGCAAACGUCCAAUAGCCAUAAUACUGCCGAUAUCGCACCACAAACCCUCUUCCCCGAUGCACCUACUACACCUAAAGUUAUACGCAAAGCUCCCAAUAAUGAUAAUUCGCCCACCUCGGUUAAAGCUUUAGUUAAAAAAUUUCAAUUAGAGGGCGGUGAUCAGCCAUUAGCACCACCAGAAUUUGCUACCACUGGUGGUAAGACGAGCAAUGCAUCCGCAGUUACAUUGAAACCAUCAAAUGAAAAGAAUAAAGCAAAGUUUACCAGCGGUCAGCAGCUUUCUACUCUAUCUUCGUCAAUUACAUCAAUGAAAUCUUCUGCCAUUAUCAUAGGAAAUAAUAGUCGCCGUGCUUCAGAGCCUGUCACCACUCUACACUCUACAAGGAAACUAAAUAUUACCUCAACAUCGGUUCCCCUCUCAAUUCCGGCCUCUUCUAGUACCAACAAUUAUAAAACCACUUGCAUCUAUUGUGUAACUUGCGGCCAGAAUAAUAACAGAAACAGUAGUAAUAAUAAUACAACAACAAUCGUAACCAGUACAGCGAACGGAUCUACCACCGGAUGCAGGCAUUCGUCUUCCCCUAUUGUCGUCCAUGCUAAAGAUUCAACAACCCAUCUAAAUAGUAAAUGCCAAGGGAGCAGUAAAUCUCUAUUAAACGGCAGUAGCUACGGCAGUAGCAGUAACGACAGUUUAUCUAGCAACAGUUCCACGAGUGGUGGUGGUGUUGUUACAUCUUCGUCGACUUUGCUUUUUAGCAGUCAUCAUCAUCAGCCGCAUCAUCUAUUGAACUCUCACCAUUCACAUCAUCAUGGACAUCAUUCGCAUCACCAUCAUCAUCAUCAUCACCAUCAUCAUCAUCAUAUAAUAAAGAACGCUACCACUACUGCAAAUGGUCUUAGUUUAGACCAAGGUAUCAUUUGUUAGCUGAGGGCCAGCAGGGCGCGAAGGAAUGCCAAAAGUUUCUUUCAUCGCUUUCUAUGUUGCAUGUAGUAUAAACUGAAACGACGGAUUAAAACGAAAUAUUUUAGUUAUUUUUUAUGCUGCAGUGGCGGCGGUGGUGGCGGCGGCGGCGGCAGCAGUAGUAGCAUCAGUUAUGAAGAAUUAGUUUAAAAAAAAAUAAAUCUAAGAAUCGCGUCAUAUUACAAAAAAUAUAUUUUUAGUUGAAAAGGCCUGAUCAUAUGCUCUUCUUUCCUACUUCGUAUACGCAAUUUCGAGCAAAGUUUUUAAAACAUUUACGUUUAUAUUUUCUGGCUUAAUCCGCGACCUUUCUAUUGAAAUCUUCUUUUUGACAUUGGCAGGCGUGCACCAGAAGUUUUAGAAAUUGUUUUCAUCGAACUUUGUAUUGCACGAGUGAUCUGUAAAAUAAACAUUUGCGGAAACCUAACCUCUCUGCAUGCAUUCAGUCUAUGUAAGUAAGCCUGUCAAGUAUCCUUAAAUUCCGUAUCGUUUUUAAAGAUUUUUAAUAAAAGACGACAAACGAAAGAACGAAUAGACAAACCGCAUUGGGACAGAGUAUUAUUACGCUGCCAAAUCUAGCGUGUGCAUGAUCACCGAGGAUGUUGAAUGGAAUAAUGAACGAAAGGGCGAAAAGCAAGGAAACUCUUUAUUGUAAGGAACGUUGAAGAUUCAACAACUUUCAAGGUUGGAAAAAGAAGUCUUCUCCUUCCCGUUCUCUCUCUCUCUCUUACACACACACACACACACACACACACACUUUCUUUCUCUCGCUUUUUUCUUUCUUACUCCAUUUCUCGCCUUCUCAUUCUCUUUUUACUUUCUUUUUUUUCUUCAAUCUUCGUCUCCAGCCCUAUCUAGACCAGUCAGUCGUUCAUUCGCGUUGUGUGUCAUCAAGAACUUUGAACGUAAAAUUUUAUUAUUUUUUCGAGAUUGAAGCUUAAACAAUAUUUCAACGCAAUCUCCGUUUUCUUGCAUCGAUCGAAGUAAGCUCUUUAUAUGCAUAUGCAUUAUGUUAAACUGAUAAUAAGGAAGGAAUAAGAGAGUAUUAUUUCCAUCUACAUAAAAUAAGUCUCUAAUUUUUAAAGGGUUUUAAAGUUAUUGAACUAAUGCAUUGCUCAUAUGUUAUUAAGCUUCAAAGCGAAUCCAUGUUAGCGGUUAAACAGUUUAUAGUAAAAUUUCCAAUGAAAUUAAGUUACUUUUCCUACUGAGAACAAGAACAUUUGUUUUGUUUAUUAUUAUAUACCUUUUACUUUAGCUGGCUUACUAAAGUAAAAUAAAAACCAGUAAUUGUUUUUCGAAAGCGGCCACCAUCAUCGCCAUCACUACUAACUGAAUUAAAUAAAAUUAUAUUUGUUUUAUUAGUGAUUAGCGUAAAUAUUAAU